AUGCUGCUGAUGUCGAUGUUGAUGUUGCUGCUGUUGCUGCGAGCUAGACGAUGGUACGACGACCGGAGGCGGAAUUUGCCGGACGGAGAGUUAAGACCGGUGCGCGUCGGCUUUCCCCUCGCGAGAAUCGAGCUGUUCGCCGUGCGAGAUCGUGGAAAGAGGCCAAGUAUCGUUUAUCGCAGGCACACGAGCAUCCGCGACGAGCUACGACGGUGGCAGCUACGGCUGCGGCGGCUGGUACGACGGUCAGAUGCUGUCGCGUGCAUGUGUGCAGCUACACUAGAGGGCCCACGUACGCCCGGUCGGCCGCCUACCGGCCACGGGGAACGCGGACGCGUACGCGGACCGUGGAACACGAAGUGGGGGUGUCGUUGGAAGAGCGAAAGAGACGAAAGAACACGUACCGUGGUUGGAAAGGCAGCGAGAGAGACGAGGAGAAUAGAGUGGAUCGGAAAGCAGCGGACGAACGCCUGGACGCUUAUGCUGGUGGGGAAACGAGCAGCGUCGGUGGGGAAUGAAGCUCCAAUCGCAAAGGAACGCGGAUCACGCGCGGCUCCGCCCGGCAAGGAAAGGCGAGUUCUCUGCUCGCGGGCGCGAGCGCGCCUUUUUACCUCGCGUGUACCGGACUACUGCUGCAACGAAACCACGGUUAGAGAGAGAGAAGUGAAAAGCAGUGUGUUCAACGGUAGGAAAGGAAGAUUAGUUAAAGAAGUGUACGGCAACAAGCUUCUCGUGCUAGGUUAUCUCUAUUAA